UAUUGGCUGAUGCUGGAAAGUGACGACCGGUUUUCCAAAGGACCAAUGAACCGCAGGAGAGCGCCUCGUCGCAUCUCUCUCUCUCAGAGGAGGGAUGCACCUGGGGGAGGAGAAUGGAGACUGAGGAAUGAUGAGCAAUGGCGAGGCCAAGGCAAAGCACAGGUGAGAGAGGUAGAGGAGGAUGACAGACGUGAGCAGCAUGGGAAUGAAAACGUGCCCAGGGGGACCUGCCAGACCAUGUGCCCUGCUCAUGAGCUGCGGAACCGUGAGCUGCAAAACUGUCUUCACCGCUAUGAGUUGUUGGCAGGCACAGAAAGAGAUCGACGCCCCAGGGGAGACCCCUUGCGUGCUGUCAAAGAGUAUUCCAGACCAGCAGCUGGAAAAGACUCGACAAACCCCACUGACCUCCGUCCACCUGCUGUGUUGCUGAAAACUGUUUGUUACCUUAUUGAUGACAUCGCUGCCUCCCGUCAGCUGCAUCCUUGGACUGAGGUGUACAGCUUUGCCUUUGAUCGGCUGCGUGGCGUGAAGCAGGACAUGAUCAUCCAGCGGGUGUCUGGGUUGAACUGUGCGGCCAUUUUAGAGCCGACGGUGCGUUUCCUCAUCUAUGCCUCUUUUCGGCUCUGUGGUGAGUCCCUGCGGCUCUACGACCCGCGCAUUAACGACACGCACCUACAGGAGAACCUGAGCUGGCUGUUGGAUUGCUACGCAACUGGAACAGGACCGCAUCCCAACCAGGAAGAGUUCCAAGCCCUCGGUCUGCUUUACAACUUGGGUUCAGCUCGUGCCACGCAGCACAUCAUGGAGCUCCCUAAGCGGCUCCGCAGCUCUCCUGCCGUCACACUCGCUCUUUCCAUCAACCGAGCUUUUCUGGAGCGAAACCCCGUACGUUUGCUCCGACUGGCUCGGAGGUUGAACUUCCUACAGAGCUGUGCUCUGCACCGUCACCUGGUGUCAUGUCGUAGAGAUCUGGUGCUAAUCUACAGCCACGGAUACAGCAGCCGCAACUGUCGCUUUCCUCUUGACGGACUGGCUCAACUCUUGUCCUUAGACACGUCACUCGCAGCCCGACUCUGUCAGGCGUAUGGGGUGGAGGUUAACCGGGACAACCAAUUGGUUUUCUCCAAGGCUGCUUUCACUGAGCCUGAACAAGAGAAACUGCACUGCAAACUGUAUCACAACAUCGUGUCAGAGAACCAGAGAGACCACCGUGUUGGGAACAUCAUUCACGGAUGCACUUGAGACAAAUAAAACGAGAAAAUCAAUAAUGCAA